CACAGUCGUACGUAGCAAAACCCGAAAAACCCUGGCACCUACUUGCUGUCAAUUCCAACAAAAAAUUAAACAAGAAGAGCAGAAAUGGAUGUUAAUGGGUCAGCAAUGGAGGUCGAUGUUGUCAAUGUUAGUCCUUGUUUAGCCAGCUUUGUCGAUGAUGGUACUGUUGAGAGUCACAGGUACUUUCUUGCACGCAAAACUAUGCUCGAAAUGCUGAAAGAUCGUGGUUUUGCAAUACCCAAUUCUGAAAUCGACACCACCCUUCAAGAAUUCAGAGAGAAAUAUGGUCAAAGACCUGAUGUUGAGCGCCUCAGAAUCUCCGCCAUGCACAGAACUGACCUUACCAAUAAGGUUUUGGUCAUCUUCUGUGGGCCAAAUUCGGUGAAAAUGAAUGUCAUCCGCAGUAUUUUAUCUCAAAUAAUGAACAAAGAAUCCUUGAGUCGGCUGAUAUUAAUCAUUGAAAAUCCAAUGACUAAUCCAGCUAUGAAGGUUGUGGAGGACUCCCCAUUCAAAACUGAAAUUUUCCAGAUUACAGACUUACUUGUCAACAUCACAAAACAUGUUUUAAAGCCAAAGCAUGAGUUGUUGACCAACACAGAGAAGGAGCAGCUAUUGAAGAAGUACAACUUGGAAGAGAAGCAGCUACCGCGGAUGUCUCAGAAGGAUGCAAUUGCUCGGUACUAUGGAUUGGAGAAGGGGCAAGUUGUGAAGGUCACAUACAGCAAUGAGAUCAUUGAGACACAUGUUACUUAUCGAUGUGUCUGGUGAUGUGACUAUGUAAAUCCUAUGUAGUAGUGUUGUUCUGUCGUACAUUGAGUGAGUCUGCAGCAGCCUAAAUGAAGAACUUGUAGUAGUAAUAUGUUAAGUACACUAUCAUUGUUGCUAUGUAUUUUGUUGUAUAUCCAGAUUGCCUUAACGUCAUACUUUUGUGCUAGUAGGGGUGAUGGUGGCUACUCUAAUUUGCAAAAUUUGACCAUGUUACUAUGCUAA